GGCAGACUGGAGGCCAGGCUCAGUUGCAGGAUGUCGAUGACAGAUUUUCUCAGCGCCGAGGACAUGAAGAAAGCAGUGGGAGCCUUUGCAGCUGCUGACUCCUUCGACCACAAAAAAUUCUUCCAAAUGGUCGGGCUGAAGAAGAAGACUCCGGACGAGGUGAAGAAGAUCUUCCAGAUCCUGGACAAAGACAAGAGUGGCUACAUUGAGGAGGAUGAGCUCGGAUCCAUCCUGAAGGGCUUUGCCGCAAAUGCCAGAGACCUGUCUACUAAAGAAACCAAGACGCUGAUGGCCGCUGGAGACAAGGAUGGGGACGGCAAAAUUGGGGUUGAAGAAUUCUCCGCUCUGGUGGCCGAAAGCUAAGAGGCACCGACUGCCCCGGCCUUCCACCUCCCUGCCCUGGACACCUAUCUCAGCCCCUCUCGCCACCCUCCUGUGUUGCUGUUCAGUUGGUUUGUGUUAUUUUUUACUCCUCCCAUCCCCUGCAGCCCUUGUAUGACACCGUUCUUCUGAAAAAUGCUGGAGAAAUAAUAAAGGCUGUACCGAUUGGA